GUCCGGUCUCGAGGCUAGACAACCGUUCCAUCUAAUGACGACCUUGACCUGAAAAAGUAGGUGUGGCACACUAAACUUCCACUAAACCUGUACCCAAUGGCAACUCAGAGUAUCUCCUCUUCUCCUGCUCACCAGGCGAUAUUCGCUCAAGAAAAGCUUGAAAGAAUAUAUCUACAAACUUAUGGAUACCUUAGACCGUACAAAGGUGCUAUAGAGCUAGCUCAAGAAGUCCUUGUGUGGAAGAAACCGAUUGCGUCAGCUCUGCUCUACAUUGUCGUACAUUGGAUGUUUGUCCUUUAUGUCAAGUCAUCUUCUACUCUGAUUACUGCUACUGGCAACUUUAUCUUCUGGGGGUUGCUAGGCGACGUGCUAUGGAGGGCCGCAUCCAAGGAUGGAUUCCACAGUGGUAACGAUGGCAACACUGCCGAGAGGCGAGGGGGGCGUCAGGAAAGUGUGGGUGUGGCUCCGAGACUAGAGAGUGCACUGAUGCAGAGCCUUAAACCAAGAGGACCUGGAGAGUUUCCACCCUUUGAGGUGAUAUGUGUGUGGGUGGCGGAGGCUGUCAUGUGGGUGGACAACAUCUGGCUAGCCCUACGUCACUGGAGUCUUCACGAGCCUAUCUUUGUGAGUCAAGACUCCUAAGGCCACAGGUAUAGUAGUCUGUUGGUGAGUUUGUUUGUCUGUUUCAGUGGCGGAGCCAGAGAACCCAUGGAACCCCCUUUCACACAAGAACACACUGGAGAUCAACUUACCAAGCUAGCAACUCAGCUUGAAUGAUCACCAUUUGUAGUUACUAGGCUGAUUCCAUAAAAUUGAUAUGUGGGCAGGGCUCUCUAAUGCGCAUGCUCAUUGCUUAGGAAUUUUUUUUUUUUUUUUAGCUGUUUUGGAACUCCCUCUCAACAUUCCUGGAUCCGCCACUGUGUUUGUUUGUUUGUCAUGAGUAUCUCUACUCACCUGGAUGCCAUAGCGCUGCGUUUGGAGCAUAGAUAGCCUUCACACAACAAUAUCUUGCUUUAAAUAGUGGUAGAUUUCGAUGUAAAAGUGUCAUUGUCUAUAAAAGCUAGCAAAAGCUAAUUGAACUUGCACGUGGCAGCUAGCAAACUACACGCGGCCUUUAUUCGAGAUACCCUACGUAUUUACAGCUGAGUUGAUCCCGUACCAAGAACAAUGGAACAGGGUCACUACAGCUAGAAUUGUGACUUGUUUGUUUUCCCUGGCCCUGUUAGCUGACUCUGGGAUCCAUGCAGGAGCCAUACUCCAGGCUUUCACAGUGUCAGUGCAUAGAUAUCUAUGUGCCACUAAAACCCUGUUCUCUAAUGUUUCAGCAUGCCUCCAGUCUGGUUUAGUUUUAUUGUUCCUCAGUUUCUGUGCUAUGAC